CGAUUUCGUUCCGAGCUCGUGUCUACCGGCCGUCGUCAGCAAAGCAGGCAAACCAACAAUCCUGCCGCAUUUUAUUGAAACAUUAAGUUGUUGUACACUCAAAUUAACCGAAACCCCGUUAUUUAGUUAGCCAAGAUUGCAAGAAAUAUGGCAGGAAGAAAUCAGCAACGCCGAGGAGUCGUGCCCGAGAUGGAGUCGGCACGCAUCGACUACGUCCAGUGCGACGGUUUGGUGGUUAUGAAGAUGCUCAAGCACUGUCACGAAGAGAACUCCAACAACAUGGACGUGGCCCAGGGCGCCCUGCUGGGGCUCAACGUCAACGGCUGCCUCGAGAUCACCAACUGCUUUCCCUUCUGCAAGAACGACGACGUCAACGACGAGGAGGAUUAUCAGCUCAGCAUGAUGCGUAGACUCAGGGUGGUCAACGUUGAUCAUUUCCAUGUUGGAUGGUAUCAGAGCGCUGACGUUGGUAACUUCCUGAGCUUGCCUCUGCUGGAAUCCCAGUAUCACUACCAGACAGCCAUCGAGGAGUCCGUUGUCAUUAUUUAUGACACAGCCAAGUCUGCCAGAGGUUUCUUGACCCUCAAAGCAUAUCGAUUGACUCCACAAGCCAUUCAGAUGUACAAAGAUGGAGAAUUCACACCGGAGGCUCUGAAGAACUUGAAAAUUGGUUACGAGAACCUGUUUGUCGAACUGCCAAUUGUUGUGAAAAAUAGCCCUCUGACAAAUAUUGCCAUCGCCGAGCUCGAUGAGAUGGUUCCCGAGGAACAGGGCACCAAGUAUUUGGAUUUGGGAACCGCCAGUGUGUUGGAAAACCAAUUGCGCUGUAUGAUGGAUAGAGUCGAUGAGUUGAACCAGGAAGCCAUUAAAUUCAACCGUUACCAGAAUCUGGUGAUCCGUCAACAACAGGACAAAAACAGAUUAUUGCAAAAGAGAGCUCAAGAAAAUGCUGCUCGUGCUGCUAAGGACGAGCCACCACUACCAGAGGAAGACAUCAACAAGCUAAUUAGACCCAUUCCUGUGCCACUCAGACUCAAUCCUAUGAUUACUGCUGGUCAAAUCAAUACAUACAGCCAACACAUCUCCCAGUUCUGCUCUCAAAGCUUAGCUAAAUUGUACAUAACUCAAAGUCUUCAAAAUGCUAAGGAAAACGCAAAAUCUUCGCGAUAAAAAAUAUGUUUAUUUUUUAUAUGAAAAGAGUAUUGAAUACUGAAUCAUAAAAUAUUUAUAAUUGUAUGUUGAAAUAGUUCAAUUCUAUACUAUCAUGAAAUAAAUUUUUCAAUGGAAUCUUUAAA